AUGCUCCGGGGCACGAGGCCGAGCCGGGCGCGGACCCGGCUCCGCUGCCGGGUCCCCAGAGCAGCACCCAGAGGGCCACGAGGAGGGGGAGCGAGCAGAGCCCCCAGCGCAGGGCAGCCCCCCGCUCCUGCCCACGGCACCCCCAGGGCCGCGGCCCCGGGAGCGAGCGGAACGGGAGCAGGAAGGAGCCGGGGAGAGGGGCCACGGGCAGUGCGGGGGGGGAGCAGGAGCCCCCCGAGAGCCCCCGGCCGGGGCGGAGCAGGGCAGCGCUUCCCGGGGUUACUUCCUCGAAGCCUUCACACCCUUAUCUGGGCCGGGCAAGGCCGCGCGAUAAGCAGGGCGCAGCCACCCCCGCGGGGCCGCCGGUACCGGCACCGCCUCCCGGGGCCCCUCGUGCCGCGGGGGGAAGGAACGGGGCUCGGACGGCGGCGGCGAGAGGAGGCCCCAAAACCGGCACCGGGGGCACCGGCAGCUCCCGGAGCACGGGCACCCCCAGAAAGUUGCGGGGGGGGGGGCACGGCCGCAGCCACCCCGGUCCCAGCCCCGGGGGAACGGCGGCGCCUCGCGAGCCACGGGGGCCUCCGGGGUUUACCGGGUUACCUUCCGCACACAGAACCGAGCGGUUUUAGCCCGAAACAGGAAGGCGCGGGGUCACGAAGGCCUUCGGGGGAGAGCGUCCACCGGGCCCGCACCGGACCCAUCCCCCACGCCCCCUCCACAGCCCCGGGGCUGAGCCGAGCUGGGGGCACGGUGGCGGGACACGAGGGUGCCUCGGGGCUCGGUGUCGCCGGUUCGGGGCCUGGGGCCACCUCUUUGGGGUCCGGGACGAGCCCCCCGCGAGUCCCGGCAGCGCUGCCCCUGCCGGUGACACACGGCCCUCGACGUGCCCCCGCGGCACCGGGAGCCCCGGGGCGCCCGAGACACGCGGGAGGGGAGCGGAGGCGACCGGCGGGGCCGUCUCCAGCCCCUCCCUGCCGCAGGUAGCACCGGGCGUUCCCCGCCGGGCGUAACGGCACCGGGACCGGCACCGGGACGGCCGCACUCCCCCGCGGGGCACGGCCCGGUGGCGGCCGGCGGGCGGCAGGGGGCGGGGCGGGCUCGGCUCAGCCCGGACCCCCCCGAGUCACACGGCCCCGCCCGGUGCCCCGGGGCCUGCCCGCCCCGGGAGCCCGCCCGCGGCCUGCGGGGCCACCGGGGGCCCUCCACGGCCCGGUCCCGCGGGCUGCGCUCACCGGGGCACCAUGGGU